AUGGUAAUUAGAUAUGGUUUUGCCGUCCCUCUGAUCAUCUACUGUCACAACGAAAAAUGGAGACUUGAGCUGAAGCGCCUGAAGGCAAAGUUUUUUGCGGAAAAGAAAGUGUCGACUUCUGUAAGCGUCAGAUCUGCUUUGGGCCAAGAAACACAUAUAGAGAAAUCUAAGCAAGCUGAUGUGUACUUUGGUAUGUUGAACGAAGCGUUGGCUUAA